GGUUAGGUUGUUAGAAAGUUAAUGGCUGGGGGGAAAGGGAUUCUCUUCUCGUCUCGCUUCAGGAGAGUUUCGGGAUUUUCUGAAGUAAAAAUAUAGUAAAUAAAAAUAAAUUAGCUAUCCGAAGAAAAUAAAAUACGGUGUUGCGUUUAUAAAACUACAUAUUACACUGGGAAGUAUGCAGAAUGCAGUAGCCGGGACGGCAAUGUUGACGGACGGCUUCGAGGACGAGAUUGACUCGGUGACUCCGCGCUCCCCUGCGGUAGGGAUGGGGGUUGGAGCUGCCCCAGGAGCCGGGCUCGGCGGCCUAGGGAUCGGUGUCGGAGGAAAGAAAGUGCGCCUGUUCGGAGAGGCUGGCGGGCCCGCUUCAGACCGACUGGAUUUCAAGCUGGCGGCGGCCGCAGUGCUUUCUUCUGGCCCGGGAUCCGGCAGCGACGAGGACGAGGUUUCUGAGGUUGAAUCUUUCAUUUUGGACCAGGAGGAUUUAGACAAUCCAAUGCUGAAAACAGCAUCUGAGUUGCUACUAUCAAGUGCUGCAGACGGAGCAGAUUUGCGAACAGUAGACCCAGAAACACAAGCUAGGCUGGAAGCCCUACUUGAAGCUGCAGGAAUUGGUAAAUUAUCGACUGCCGAUGGUAAAGCCUUCGCAGAUCCAGAGGUGCUCCGAAGAUUGACUUCUUCUGUCAGCUGUGCACUAGAUGAGGCGGCAGCGGCAUUGACUCGUAUGAGAGCUGAGAACACACUAAAUGCUGGACAAGCAGAUAACCGUAGCUUGGCGGAAGCUUGCUCAGAUGGGGAUGUGAAUGCUGUUCGUAAAUUACUUGAUGAAGGAAGAAGUGUAAAUGAACACACAGAAGAGGGAGAAAGCUUACUUUGUUUGGCCUGCUCAGCUGGCUACUAUGAACUUGCACAAGUGCUGCUUGCUAUGCAUGCAAAUGUUGAAGACCGAGGGAUCAAGGGAGAUAUCACUCCUUUAAUGGCUGCAGCAAGUGGAGGAUAUGUGGACAUUGUUAAACUCCUCCUUGUACAUGGUGCUGAUGUUAACGCUCAGUCAUCAACAGGCAACACUGCACUCACUUAUGCAUGUGCAGGAGGCUUUGUUGAUGUGGUAAAAGUGCUGUUAAAAGAAGGAGCAAAUAUUGAAGAUCACAAUGAAAAUGGACACACUCCACUUAUGGAGGCUGCAAGUGCUGGCCAUGUAGAGGUUGCACGUGUACUUCUGGAAUAUGGAGCUGGUAUCAAUACUCAUUCCAAUGAGUUUAAAGAAAGUGCACUUACGCUGGCAUGUUAUAAAGGACACUUAGACAUGGUGAGGUUCCUAUUGGAAGCAGGAGCUGACCAGGAACAUAAAACGGAUGAAAUGCACACAGCAUUGAUGGAAGCCUGCAUGGAUGGUCAUGUUGAAGUUGCACGGCUUUUACUGGACAGUGGUGCCCAGGUGAACAUGCCAGCUGAUUCAUUUGAAUCUCCGUUGACGUUGGCUGCAUGUGGAGGGCAUGUUGAACUGGCAGCAUUACUUAUAGAAAGAGGUGCAAAUUUGGAAGAAGUGAAUGAUGAAGGAUACACGCCUUUAAUGGAAGCUGCUAGAGAAGGUCAUGAAGAAAUGGUGGCAUUGCUGCUUGCACAGGGAGCCAAUAUAAAUGCUCAAACAGAGGAAACUCAAGAGACCGCUUUGACACUAGCAUGCUGUGGAGGCUUCUUAGAAGUGGCAGAUUUCCUGAUAAAGGCAGGAGCAGAUAUUGAGCUUGGAUGUUCAACACCUCUUAUGGAAGCUGCUCAGGAAGGUCAUCUUGAAUUGGUCAAGUACUUACUAGCAGCAGGUGCAAAUGUUCACGCUACCACUGCUACUGGAGACACUGCGUUAACCUAUGCUUGUGAGAAUGGGCACACUGAUGUUGCAGAUGUACUACUUCAGGCUGGGGCAGAUUUGGAACAUGAAUCUGAAGGUGGAAGAACACCACUGAUGAAAGCAGCAAGAGCCGGCCACUUGUGUACUGUGCAGUUCCUAAUCAGCAAAGGUGCAAAUGUUAAUAGAGCUACAGCUAAUAAUGAUCACACAGUGGUGUCUUUGGCUUGUGCUGGAGGUCACUUGGCUGUAGUUGAGUUACUUUUGGCACAUGGGGCUGACCCUACGCACAGAUUAAAGGAUGGAUCAACCAUGCUUAUUGAAGCUGCUAAGGGUGGUCACACAAAUGUUGUCUCCUACUUGCUAGAUUAUCCAAACAAUAUCCUUUCUGUUCCUGCACCUGACAUGUCCCAGCUUACACCACCAUCUCAUGAUCAGUCUCAGGUUCCACGUGUACCAGUUCAGGCGCUGCCACCAAUGGUUCCACCACAAGAACCAGACAGAGCUCCUUCAAACAUCACAGCCCCGCCACCUGUUUCAAAUAAAGGUGCAUCCAAGCAAAGGUCGAGCCCCCUGCCGGGAGCUGAGCAUGAACUACUGCCUCCUUUCCAUCCUUACCAACCUUUAGAAUGCAUUGUGGAGGAGACUGAAGGCAAACUGAAUGAACUUGGACAACGGAUCAGCGCCAUUGAGAAGGCACAGUUGCAGUCACUGGAGCUUAUUCAGGGUGAGCCUUUGACCAAAGACAAGAUUGAAGAAUUGAAAAAAAGUAGGGAAGAGCAAGUGCAGAAAAAGAAAAAGAUUCUAAAAGAACUGCAGAAAGUUGAAAGACAGCUGCAGCUGAAAACUCAACAGCAGUUUACCAAAGAGUACAUGGAAGCCAAGGGGCUAAAAGAUGAUUCUGCACAAUUACAACUACCCCAGCAGUGCUCGGACAGAGGCAGUGGAGAUCAGGUGGGUGAAGAGGAAAACCUACCAGAUGAUGACUUCUCUAAGUUGCCCCAAGUAGACACUAUUCUGUACAGAGAGAACCAGCACCAGCAGCAACAGCCAUCUCCACAAAUGGCACCUUCUGGCCAAACUGGAUUUGUUCCAAUCCAGCCUCUGCCUGGACAGCAGUCUACAGAUUUCUCAAAUUCUGAGUGCCCUACCACAAAUCCACCUGAUCUUCAAAGAGUAAUGGUUAACCAGCAGAUGUUAGGACAGCAGCAGUUAACCGGAAUUGGACAGGGAUUGCUGGCUCAAGCAACAGAUGGAUUAAUGGUUGCUACCCCAGCACAGACGCUUACUGACACCCUCGAUGAUAUAAUGGCAGCUGUGAGCACUAGAGUGCCUGCCAUGUUGAGCAGUACGUCAUCACCAGCACCUCAGCUUCAGGCACAGACCCCCAACAACGCCGUCUCCCCUCCUUCAAUGUUGCCUCUUUAUCCCUCAGUAGAUAUAGAUGCACAUACGGAAAGCAACCAUGAUACAGCAUUAACUUUGGCUUGUGCAGGAGGACAUGAAGAGCUUGUGUCUGUUUUACUAGCACGUGGUGCAAAUAUUGAACAUCGGGACAAAAAAGGUUUCACCCCCCUCAUUCUGGCAGCAACUGCAGGACAUGUUGGUGUGGUGGAAAUCUUGUUAGACAAAGGUGGGGACAUUGAAGCACAGUCAGAGCGUACCAAAGACACACCGUUAUCGUUGGCAUGUUCCGGAGGACGACAAGAGGUGGUUGAAUUACUGCUGCUACGAGGUGCAAAUAAAGAGCAUCGAAAUGUUUCAGAUUAUACGCCUUUGAGUUUGGCUGCAUCAGGGGGUUAUGUUAAUAUCAUUAAGAUCCUUCUCAAUGCUGGAGCUGAGAUUAAUUCAAGAACUGGGAGUAAACUGGGCAUCUCUCCUCUAAUGCUGGCUGCAAUGAAUGGUCAUGUACCUGCAGUGAAGUUACUGCUUGAUAUGGGCUCAGAUAUCAAUGCUCAAAUAGAGACCAAUCGAAACACCGCCCUCACACUCGCUUGUUUUCAAGGCAGAGCAGAGGUGGUCAGCUUGCUGCUGGACAGGAAAGCAAAUGUUGAACACAGAGCAAAGACUGGUUUAACGCCAUUAAUGGAAGCUGCAUCUGGAGGGUAUGCUGAGGUUGGUAGGGUCCUGCUCGACAAAGGAGCUGAUGUAAAUGCACCACCAGUGCCUUCAUCAAGGGACACAGCUUUAACAAUAGCUGCUGACAAAGGCCAUUAUAAGUUUUGUGAACUACUUAUCAACAGAGGUGCUCAUAUUGAUGUUCGGAACAAGAAAGGGAAUACCCCCCUGUGGUUAGCAGCUAAUGGUGGGCACUUUGAUGUUGUUCAGCUGCUGGUGCAGGCAGGUGCAGAUGUGGACGCUGCAGACAACAGGAAAAUUACACCUCUCAUGGCAGCUUUUCGCAAGGGUCAUGUGAAAGUAGUGCAGUAUCUAGUGAAAGAAGUAAACCAGUUUCCAUCUGACAUUGAAUGCAUGAGAUACAUCGCUACUAUUGCUGAUAAGGAACUUUUGAAGAAAUGUCACCAGUGUAUGGAAACCAUAGUUAAAGCCAAAGACCAGCAGGCGGCAGAAGCAAAUAAAAACGCAAGCAUUUUAUUAAAAGAGUUGGAUUUGGAAAAAUCCAGAGAAGAGAGCAAGAAACAGGCUUUAGCAGCCAAAAGAGAAAAACGCAAAGAGAAAAGAAAGAAGAAAAAGGAGGAGCAGAAAAGAAAACAAGAAGAAGAAGAAGCUAAAACUAAGGAAGCCUCAGAAAUGCAAGAUGCAGAAAAAGAUUCUGCGGAAGAGCCAGAAGUACCCAUUGAGCCUCCAAGUGCAACCACCACUACCACCAUAGGCAUAUCUGCAACUUCAGAUACUUUUACCAAUGUGUUUGGGAAGAAGAGAGCGAAUGUGGUGACAACACCAAGCACUAACAGAAAGAAUAAGAAGAACAAAACGAAAGAUACUUCCCAGAAUGUUCAAAUUAUAUUACAAGAUCCACAGGUUUCAUUAGCCCAACAGAAAGCAGACAAAAACAAAAUACAUGGUGAGCCGAGAGGCGGGGGAGCUGGCGGGAACAGUGAUUCAGAUAACCUGGACAGCACUGACUGCAACAGUGAGAGCAGCAGUGGCAGCAAGAGCCAGGAGUUAAACUACCUACCAGACUUGCCUUCAUCCGGUGAAAAGAGACAGCCAGUAGUUUUGCAUUCAACGCUGCGAGAUGAAAAGGUUGCUGUCCCUGUUUCAAAAAGCCUGCCAAAAACACAAGAAAGCGCCAGUGACUUGAAUUCAAGUUCCUUAUCUGCCACAUUUAAAACUAAUGUUUCACUGCCAGUUUCAUCUCCAAAUUCAAAAAUAAAUUUGACCAGUCCAAAAAGAGGUCAGAAAAGAGAAGAGGGUUGGAAAGAGGUUGUAAGAAGAUCCAAGAAACUGUCUGUUCCUGCCUCCGUUGUAUCACGAAUAAUGGGUAGAGGAGGUUGCAACAUCACUGCAAUUCAAGAUGUCACUGGAGCACACAUUGACGUAGAUAAACAGAAAGAUAAAAAUGGGGAAAGAAUGAUCACAAUCAGGGGAGGAACAGAGUCAACAAGACAUGCUGUGCAGCUUAUUAACGCGCUGAUACAGGAUCCACUCAAGGAGCUGGAGGACCUGAUUCCAAGAAAUCAUAUCAGACCCCCUGCUGCCAACACGAAGAUUGGGUCAACGUUUACUACGUCAACUGGUGCAACAAGCACUACUGCUUCUGGAAACAAAGCUAUGGUUUCUGUGGUACCAUCCUCUACGGUAGCUUUUCAGCCUUCCUCCCCAUCCACGUCACAACCUAAUAAGUUGAACAAGAACGUUUCCACAAAUGUACGUCCUACUUUUCCCGUUUCACUUCCCUUGGCUUAUGCCCACCCUCAGCUUGCUUUACUGGCUGCCCAGACGAUGCACCAAAUCAGGCAUCCUCGUUUGCCCAUGGCACAGUUUGGUGGCACUUUUUCAUCUUCCCCAAAUACUUGGGGUCCAUUUCCUGUAAGGCCAGUUAGUCCUGGUAGUGCAAACAGUUCACCAAAGCACAAUGGAAACAUAAUUCGUCCAGGCAAUCAAAACAGCAGUGCAACCCACGUCGAUUAUGUAGCCAGUACAGUGACACCCCCCAUUACUAUAUCACCUUCAUCUCAUACAACCCAGUCUGUCGCAUGCCUGACGAACAGUCCAACGCCAUCAUCCGUUAGAAAACAGCUUUUUACCUCUGAACCUAAGACAAGUACUGUGACAGCUGUGACCUCAACUGUGACCAGCACCUGCAGUUCUCGGCCAGCCAGCUCUCCUACACCACAGCACAGUGGGCAAACAACAACGCCACCCCCUCCUCCACCUCCGCCACCUGUUGCACCCCCAAACCAACAGAAUAUUCCUGCACCCAAAAACGAACCUUGCUCCCCAGUGUCAGUAAUGAAGGAAAAAUUGUCAUCAAGUGCAGAACCAACUGUAGCAGGACACUUGACUCCAACUGCACCAAGUAGUGCUUCUGAAAGCAGCAAUCCUGGAGUGAUUGGCGUCUUCUCUUCUGCUUCUUCCUCAAUGCCUUCACAGCCUUCUGCCCCUGGCAUUUCUGACAGCAGACCAAGUUUAUCUAUGACCUUUGUGUCCAGCUCUGAUCCUGGACACGUGGUUUCCUCGAGUCUAACAGCAAGUCGCCCAGGUGGAUGUGCUAGUUCUGUGUCCCACGCCAGCAACACUUUACCUCAUUUUGCUGCUCCAGCACCUCGCGUUUCUCCUAGAAUGCAGCCUAGUGGGCAUUUCUAUUCAAUGGUUCCUGGUACAACUCUCCAUCAGGAGCAACAGUCUGUUUUUGUUCCCCCUUCACAAUCACAGGACACCAUCAAGCAACCAGGCGUGCCUCAUAACAUGCAGUUAUCUUCAACCAUAAGCAUGAUGAAUGGUUCUCAAAUGCACAUCAGUCACGGAAACAAGGCUCUUCCGCCAAACUUUGGUCCUGCAGCACUUUUUAACCAUUUCAGCAGCAUUUUUGACAGCAGCCAGGUAAAUAAUAACCCCGUAUGGGGUGCUUGCCACCUGCCAACACGGACGCCCCCUGAUCAACCUUACAGUACACCAGCCACCUACAUGAGCAACAUGGGACAGCUGGAAAAUGUGCUUCCUUCUGACAGUUCCAAAGCUCCUGGUUUCAGAUCAGGUUCCCAGCGGAUUGUGACAAGUCCAAUAGGAAUGCAUGCACUAGAUCCUGCUGGCAGUUCUGUUUCUUCCUCGUCUGCUCCCCUGACCAGCUUUGCCACAAGCAUAUCAGGGAGUCCAGUUUUUUUACAAGGACCAGCACCUGUAGGAACUCCCAGCUUCAGCAGACAACAUUUUUCACCUCUUCACUGGAGUGCAUCAACAUCAUGUAUUCCUCCGGUUCCGUCUGUUUCGUCUGGAGCAUCAUCUCCUCUCUCUGCUUCUACAGCUGCUCCUGCUCUGAUUCAGUCCAAGCCCAGUAAUUCAAGUCAAGAUCGCAAAGUACCCCAACCCAUCGGAACAGAGAGGCUUGCUCGUAUUCGGCAGACAGGCUCCGUUAAUCCAACGCUGCUCACCACCAACUAUUCUGCGCCAGUUGGACAUGGAGGCAUAUGGUCAUUUGGUGUCGGCAGUGCUUCAGAAGCAAUGUCUGGUUGGUCUCAGCCCCUAAUGAGUAACCAUGUGAUGCAUCAGCAGCUGUCAGAGCAAUCUGCUUUUUCUCAGCAUCAGCCAAUGGAAAGAGAUGAUACUGGAAUCGUGGCACCCUCAAACACCUUUCAUCAACCAAUGCCGAGCAAUUUCAUGGACUUUCCCAAAGGUAUGCCAUUAUCCAUGUAUGGUGGGACAAUGAUACCACCUCACCCACCAAUGGCUGAAGGUCAGGGGGGCCCUAUGUACAAUGGGUUACAUACUGCCGAUCCAGCUUGGAAUCCAAUCUUGAAAGUUGUCCCAAAUUCUGCAGAAAAUUCAGACCCUCAGCAGGUUUGGCCUGGAACUUGGGCGCCACACAUUGGAAAUGUGCAUCUGAACCACGUUAACUAAAUCCAGCCGAGGCAUAAUGAGAGAGAUGUUAAACUAGGAGUGUCCUUAAGUUAAAAUUGGAAAUCAGGACACCAAUUUUGAUGUGCCUAACUAAAAAUUUCCGUGUGGGCUGUUACUUUUUAUUUACCACUGUCUAUGAACAAAAUGAUUGCCUGUACAACAGGAUAUGUUCUCUGCUUAGUUUAGCCAUUUUGACUUUAAACCCACAUAAACUGUUCAGGCGCUGCAGGCUAAACAGUACUGUAAGCUAUUUAUAUGCAGCAAAGAACUAGGUAAUUACAUAAGGAAUCAGACCUUUUAGAGUGGUAAAUACAUGUAUAAUUGUUUACAUACUAAAAAGGGUUAAAAUGAGAGUAAAUUUCAUGUCGUAUAGUGGCUCUACUUUAUGUAGCCUGUAUUAAUGUGAAAUAUUUACCUUAAUAUUCAAUAAAAAGUUGGAAAUGUA